UGCCAUGUAGUAACUUGAGCAAAUGCUAAAUCAGUAAAAGCAAUAUUUAUUAAGUAAAAAGCUUGAAUAAACAUCCGGAAAGAACGUCGGCUCUCUUCUCCACUUGACCAAUUUCAUUGCGUUUGCGAUUAUUUUCUACAGAAAUCAGACAAAAAUAACGCAUUGUAACUUAAUUAACCAACAACUGUGAUCGCCAACAUCGGAAAAAGCAAACGUAAAGCACGAGCGGAAUUGCCAACUUUUCACGAAACUAGGCCGCGAGCAAACCCUCCCUAUCGCUCACCAACCAUUUCUCCCGUGCUUCAGCUUCAUACAAAAUUCUGUGAACCAAGUGCUCUUCGCCACAGCAGUAGCCACUAAGUGCAAAUUUCUUCGAUUUCGGACAAUCAAGCAAAUCCAACCACUCAAAAGCAAUACCUAGUGCAUUAGUAACGUUCCCAAGUAGACGGACAACAGCAGCAGGGGCCUUCAAACGUCGCAAAGAUAAAAUAAUUUAAUACCGAAUACGCAUUGUGUUGAGACUCCAUAGCGCAUUACGAGCAGCAGAAGUAACCGAUAUCUUAAGAGGACCCUAGCAAUGGUCAUGGAUGCGACCCAAUCGCAGCAGCCUUCACCGCAGUCGGUGGGACGCGAGUUCGUGCGUCAGUACUACACGCUUCUAAACAAGGCGCCCAACCACUUGCACCGCUUCUACAACAACCACUCGUCGUACAUCCACGGCGAGUCGAAGCUGGUGAUUGGCCAACGCGACAUCCACAAUCGCAUUCAGCAGCUGAACUUCAAUGACUGCCACGCCAAGAUCAGCCAGGUGGACGCGCAGGCAACGCUGGGCAACGGCGUCGUCGUCCAGGUGACUGGAGAGCUCUCCAAUGACGGGCAGCCAAUGCGCCGCUUCACCCAGACCUUCGUGCUGGCCGCUCAGUCGCCCAAGAAGUACUAUGUGCACAACGACAUCUUCCGAUACCAGGAUCUGUACAUCGAGGACGAGCAGGACGGUGAAUCGCGAUCGGAGAACGACGAAGAACACGAUGUGCAGGUGCAAGUGGGCACCUCUGUAGAUCAGGCCGUCCAGGUCGUGGGAGACGUGGCCCAGCCGGCACCACAACAGCUUCCUGCCCAGGCUCAGGUGGUGGUGGCCCAGCAGCAGCAGGUCGCUUCCGGAGCUGCCGGAGGUGUUGCGCCGCAGCAAAUCUUCUACCCUCUACCGGCUGGCGGCACCACUGGACGCCCUCAUGCUGUGCUGCCACCAGCCCCCCAGGCGGCCGCCGUGUCCUUGCCGGCCCAGUUUGCAGCUCAGCAACAGCCCAUCCAGAACGGAGUUGUGUCGCACGAGGAGCUGCAGCAACAGCAGGUGCCACCCCAGGCCAUAGUGACGCCCAGUGCCUCGCCUCUGGUGCAGCAGCAGCCGAGUAAUGUAGCGACAGUCUUGCCUUCGACAGUGGGCAUCGUGCCAGUGCAGUCCACGAGCUUCCAGCAGUCGCCUCUGGUGGCUCCUCAGCUCAUUCAACAGCAGCAGCAGCCGGCUCAGCUACCGCCACAGCAGCCCAUUCAGCAGCAGCCGCUGGUGGAGCCCGAGGAACCCGUCAACACGACCAUCGUCAGCCAGAGCAUUAACGAGAUUCCACCUCGGCAGCAGCAGAAGCCCCCCACUCCCGUCGAGGACUUCAAAACGAUUCACGAGCAGCAGCAGCAGGAGAAGUACGAGGCGGCCAAACAGCAGCAGAACGAGCCCAAGACCUACGCCAAUCUAUUCAAGUCCACCUCCUCUUCGCCCAGCGGCUUCGUCAACGCUGUCCUGCAGCAACAGCAGCAGCUUCAGCAGCAGCAGCAGCAGUCGAUCAGCAACACGUACACGUCCUCAUCCGCAGGUGUCGGUAGUGGAAACGGCCAAGUGAGCUACUCGACCACAGCUUCCUCGUACAACAACACCAAUGGAAACUCGCGUCUGGAUAACGGCGGACCACUGCCCCAGCGGAAUAACUCGAUCAGGAACAACAAUAAGAGUGGUGACUUUGAACAGCGUCGUCCGAGCAAUUCUCAGCAAUUCGGUGACAAUCAACAGCUGUUUUUGGGCAACAUACCACAUCACGCAAGCGAGGAGGAGUUGCGUGAGCUAUUCUCGCGCUUCGGAAACGUGUUGGAGCUGCGCAUUCUGUCCAAGGCUGGCAACAAGGUGCCACCGGGCAUGCGUAGUCCCCUGAACUACGGCUUUCUUACCUAUGACGAUCCCGAGGCUGUGCAAAAGUGCCUGUCCAACUGCCCCCUGUACUUCCCUGAGAACUCGCCCGAUGGUCAAAAACUCAACGUGGAGGAGAAAAAACCUCGCAUUCGUAACGAUAUGGGCCCACGUCAAUCCAUCGGAGGCAAUAGCCUCAACAGCAACAUGGGUGGACGUCUGGGUGGGAAUAACGGACCACAAUCGCGACCAAUGGGCAAUAACAACAAUGGAACCGGUGGUAUAAUGCGCAACAACGCCGGCGGCGGUGGCAACAAUUUGCGCACUGGAGGAGGAGGUAACGGAGCCCCACGUCUGGGCGGCGGGGGCUUCGGGCCACGCAACGACAACCGAAGCGGCGGGGGUAGCAGUCAGUCCAACGGACCGCUGCGCGGUGCCGGCAACGGACAGACUGGUGGUGGUGGUGGCGGUGGCAACUACGGCCGUCGCUAAAGCAGGUGUCGCAGUCGCCAGUGCAGAAACAACAGAAACACCAACACCAACAACAACAACCCAACGUUUAGAACAUCGACUUCUUCCACAAUGCAAUCAAUUAAAUACAUUCAGCAUCGCCUGCAUCCACACACACUCACAAACCCACACACAGGCAUACACACAACAAAGUCAAUCAGACACCCUGUAGUCGGAUCAAGAAAAAGUAAAAAUGUAAGAAGAGCAACAACAGAACAGCUUGCUUCAGGCGUAUGCGUAUAGCUGCACAAAUCGAAUGACACAAGCUUCGGGGCCUUAGUCCUUAACCUUAGUUCAAUUGGGUCUGAGCCCGCUUAUCAGCCAGUUCGUGCCAAAAGAAAACCAAAAUUUAUGUGCAAAUCUUUGUUGUGAAUCGAAAAAACCAGAAAGGCCCCCAUCUUUUCACCGCACUCAAUGUGUAUUAUGUUUAAGUCUCAGUCAUGCAGCCCACACCACAAUCAUCCACACACACGAAACAAACACAAACACACAUACAAACACAUACUAGCAUAAAUUUAAUUCUUAAUUUGAGCUCUCGUUCGGCUAAUCAUCUUCGAAAUGUAACCCAAAAAACAACCGAAGUUUGCAUGCAAAUUGGCAAAUCAGAAAGGAUGUGGGGGAGAAAUGCAAAUCUUUUUCGUUUGUUUGUCAUUAAAUACAACAUUUACUUAAGCUAAAUGAAGAGGAAAUAAAGAAAAACUUAAAGAAACUUA